GGGCGUGUUUUCGACCAGCCGUAAAGCGCCAUACAGGAAGUCAUUUACACGGCGUACUGCUCUUGUUUUGACACUUCAAACUAAGCGUUUACACAUAGGAGUGCCCCUCUUUGUUAUCUGGUUAAAGUUGUAGGGAAGGAGUUUUAAAUCUGAGUGACCGAGCUGAGCAAAGCAACAUUGACUUGAGCUGUGAAGGUAAAAACAGCCAGUCAGAAAAUGCAAAAGCUGUGAGGUUUCUUUUAGCUGCAAGCUAACAGAAGUGUUUACAGCCCAUGAGUCGCAGCAGGAACCCUCCUCCCCGGGGUCAAGGGGCAGCCAGAGCCAAACAGAUGGGGCUUCUUCUCGACCUUACCCCGGACGCAGGGAUGGACGAUGAUGGAAAUGACGAGGACCUGGAGGCAGAGCUCCUCAGUUUAGUGGGAGGAGGAAAAGGAGGGAGACCACAAGGGAAGAAAGGGGACGGAAGAUCUCCUGUUCCAAUGUCUGAAAUUGAGCGCAUGGCGGCUCUGUGUAUGAAAGAUCUGGAUGAUGAGGACAUGGGAGACGAAGAUUUGGAUGAUGAAGACCUGUUGGCAGAAUUAAACGAAGUGUUGGAGGAUGACGAGGCGGCCACUCCUGCUCCAACGCGUCCCGCCGUCACUCCCACUGUUCCUAAAGCGAGCGUCUCUUCUCCCAGCGCUCCCAGCAGAGCGUCAGGGUUGGAGUCUCGCCUGUUGGAGCGCCUUGAUAUGUAUCAGAAGGCUACAGCCAAUGCCAAGGCUGCAGGCGAGACUAGUAAAGUUCGAAGAUAUGACAGAGGGUUGAAGACGUUGCAAUCCAUGUUGACGUCUGUGAAAAAAGGGAAGCCAAUCAAUGAAGAGGAGAUUCCUCCUCCGGUUGCCAUUGGCGCAAAAUCAAAUGGUCCAGCCGAGCCUGAACCCGUUAAGGAACGAGAACCGCCUGCGCUGAUUCCCUCCACUCCUUCUAAUCAGAAACCAAUGAGGGAGCCGGCGCCAGAAACUCUGAACACUAAACCUAGACAUCUGACCCCUCCCCAAAAACCAGCUGCUGCCAUCACCCCAGAAACGCCUGCGAUUUCCCCCCUGACGCCCAGUCAACCUGACGCCCAGCACUCAGAGCUGAAACAGGCAGUGCUGUCCAGACAGAGGGAGUAUAAGAUGGCUGCCAUUCAGGCCAAGCAGAGCGGUGACAUCAACCUGGCCAAACAGCACUACCUCACUGCCAAGAAUCUCGACUCGCUGGUGGAGGCUGUGGACCGAGGGGAACCAGUGGAACUGAGCUCGCUACCCUCCCCUCCAGGAGAUGCAGUGGAGCAGCAGAGCGCACCUGUUCCUCCUCAGACUUCUGCCAAACCUGCUGCUGCUCCUGCUGCUCCUGCACCCACCCAGAUAGCCACCAACAACCUUCCUGCUCCCAGCAGCGUGGCAGAGGCCCUGAAGCAGAGGAUGGACUUUUACAAGCAGGCAGCAGAGGGAGCCAAGAGCAAAGGAGACGAUCGGAAAGCUCGCAUGCACCAGCGGAUUAUUAAGCAAUACCAGGACUCCAUCAAAGCUCACAGCGCAGGCCGACCUGUCAACCUGAAUGAUCUGCCGGUGCCUCCUGGCUGUCCUCCUCUCCAGGGCUCAGAGGGGAGUCAGCAGAACCUGAUAGGUGUCCUGGAAACGGCUAUGAAAAUAGCGAAUCAGGAUGCCGACGCAGAUGAUGAUGACGAUGAUGAGGAUGGACAGAAAGAGGCUGCCAAGCCUGCAGUGCGUCCACCUGUGCAGAAAGCAAAGUCUCCAGCUCCCCCAGUCCCUGCAGGAUCCUCGGCUCCAAAACUGGGACUGAAAGCCCAGCAACAGGUAGACUUCCUGUUGCUAAGACGACAGGCCUUUUUGCGUGCAGCUCUUCGCUCCAAACAGAUGAAGGACAUGACUGGAGCAGCACAGCACCUCAGACAUGCCAAAGGACUGGAACCCAUGGUUACGGCUGCAAAGUCUGGCCUUCCUGUUGACAUCACAAAGAUUCCAAGCGCUCCGGUGAGUGAGGAGGAUUAUUCCCUGAGCCGUUCCCGGGCCUCUCCUCGCUCCAGUGAAAAAUACCAAGCACUCAUGGAUCUCCUACGAAAGCAACACGAGAAAUGUUUGGACCUCUCUCAGCAAUUCACGCUCAUGGGCAAUGUAGGCGAGGCUUUGAAGUCUGAGAAGCUGGCUGAGGAGACUAUGAAGUACAUAGAGCUGCUGAAGAAUGCCCACGCCAAGGGCCACCCGGUCCCCAAGUGCCUCACCCAGGAGAGAACCUUCAACUCCGCAAAGAUCAACUCCAACCUGUCUCCCAGUGACCUGGUACUGUACAUCAUCCGAGGCAUCAACUUGCCGGCUCCAUCAGGCGUCUCUCCUAAUGAUCUGGACGCCAGCGUAAAAUUCGAAUUUCCCUUUCCCAGCUCGGAGGACGCCCAGAGGGACAAAACCGGCACGGUGAAGAACAGCAGCAGUCCAGAGUUCAAAGAGCAGUUCAGACUCAACAUUAACCGAACCCACAGAGGAUUCAAACGGGUUGUUCAAUCCAAAGGCAUCAAGUUUGAAGUCGUCCACAAGGGAGGUCUGUUCAAGACGGAUAGAGCAGUAGGCACUGCUCAGCUGAAACUAGAGGCUCUAGAGAACCACUGUGAAAUCAGAGAGAUCAUAGAAGUGAUGGAUGGCCGUAAAGCUACCGGCGGGAAGCUGGAGGUGAGGGUGAAGAUCAGAGAGCCUCUCUCAGGAGUGGACCUGCACCCGACGACGGAGAAGUGGUUCGUUCUGGAGCCGGUGUCGCCGCUUUCUCCUCCAGAGAGGCAAAAGGAGCGAGCUCCAGCUCCUCAGUCGAAACCCAAACACGAGUCGAGCGGCAGAAGCAGUCGCCCCGACGGCUCUCCUCCUCAGUACAAACUCCACAGCUUCAGCCUCCUCAACUACGACAAGGAGCGGCUGGAGAGGAAGAUUGCAGAUUACCGGAAAAACCAUCGCGAUCCCCCAUCUGACCUCAUUCAUCAACACAAAGAGGUCACGCACAGGCUGCGCUGGCAGAAAGCUCAGCUGGAGCGAGCCUCUCCUGCUCUGCUGACAGAGUAUGAACACGUGCUGCUGCGCUUCGUCCAAGGACUUUCUGAGUCUGUGAAAAAAUACUCCAGCCAAGGCAACAGGGAAGCCGCAAAGGAUGCCCUGGGAAGGAUGAAGAUGGUAGAGAGUGAGCUGGAAUCCCUAAAACGAAAACGCACAGGAUGAAAGAACAGUGAGGUGGAGACUUGGCUGCAGUACUGUUAUCUCUCUCAUUCACACUCUCAUACCGAUGCUACAGAACGCACCUUGAGCGUGACGAUGUUGUGUCCAAGACAACUGCAUGAACCAAACCUCUCCUUCCUCUGUCUGUCUGUAUGACCUGUUCACCAUCUGGGCUGUAACUACCAAGGGAGGCGGAUUUUAAAGGAAGCAUUUAGAGGCAUGAUGGGGGAGAAGAACGUGCUGAAUUAUUUGCACUUAUUAAAAGAAACACUACAGAAAUUUGCAAUCAUUUUUGAAUGAUGUGGGAGAAAAUCUAUGUAGGGAUUUUAUGUUUUACAUAUGAUACCAGCUUUUUUUGGUGUUCUCAAAUGACCAAAAAUACAAAAAUAUAUAUUUGUGUGUGUGUGUAUGACCUGGGGUGUAUUGAACCAGUGGAUUGGGGUGGAAGUAACCCUUUCUUGCGGCAUUUUCCCUGUGUAAUGAGCUUAAUCUAAUCUGUCUGCACCAGUGUUCCCAGAUUACAGUAAUCUGUUCUGUUUGGAGUUUUCCGAUAUGGGGAGGAAAGAAAACUUGAAGGAAAAAGAAAAAGAAAACAGGGCUCCGGGGUGUCUGUGCUUACAUCCCAUAAUGAGGGAUUAGUUUGUGUGUCACCAAGAAGAUGACUAGAACAAGACGUUGAGACGGUGUUAGAGGGAGGCAGGAAGAGGAGUUUGGGUUCCUCCUCCAUCGUCUGAUGUGUUUUCAGGUCUUUUCCUCCUGUGGUUCCAGUAUGAACCCCAAAAUUAUUCAUACCUCCCAGAGAUUUAGAUCCAAAAUUAUUUUCCUUCAACCAAGGAGUUUUAAAAUACAACAAAACGGUGAAAAAAGGGGAGUAUCGAUUUCGACUAUAAUAUUUUUUUGUAUUUAAUUUACAUUUUAUUAAACAUGUCAUAUCAAAAAUUAUUUACUCCUCUCUAAAUAAUCUUUAAGAAAAAUCUUUAUGGGCUUUGCAGCAGUCAAACUCUUCUUGUACUGUAAUUUCCAUGGAUUAUUAUUGGGAUUAUUAUUGUGGUGAGCUUUAAAUCUGUGCAGUUUGAAGUCCUCCAUGCCAUCACCCUCAUUUUUUUUUAUUUUUAUCUACCUCUUUUUCUGUGUCUGUACUCUGGCUGCGGCGCUGCAGAAUGUGAAUAUUACUACCAGUCAGAAGAAGCAUGUUGGUAAAAUUUAAAUCUUGUUUAGAUCUAAAUCUGCCAGGGGUAUGAAUAAUUUUGAGCCUAGCCUUGCAUAUACUCAUCUUCAGCCUGGAUGUCAUUCAGUUUGGCAUUUUCCUGAUUUAUUUUAGUCAUUCCUUUCUGUUCUGGUUUUUAAAAACCAGAAGUUGGAAUUUGUUGUGAUUUUUUUAAAAUCUAGAAAUGGUCAGAACGUCUCAAAUAUGAAAAUACAAACUCCCCAGUUUCAUUGCGGAAAGCCUAUAUUUUAUUUUUUAUCUGGAUAUUUGACCGCUCUGCUUGUCAGAAUUGGUUGAACUCAGUUACAUUUGGUGGUUUCCUGGCUCAGACUUGCUUUAGGGCGUAGCCGCUCAUGUUCUGUAGGAUUGACGGUUUGGACCGUGCUAGAUCCUGCUUCAUCCAGUCUAAAGUCAGUUUUGAUUUGUUUGGGAUCUUUGUCCUGUUGGUUGGAUACCUGGCUGAUAACUUGAGAUAAUAACUUGUCCACUUGGGCCAGCUCUGCAUUAGGAGAGAUUUAGAUGCUGUGACUUUGAAGCAGUGGCCAGUAGUGUGGAAAGUGACACUGGUCUCUCUUAUGAUGGAGGUUCUUGGGUUGUUCCUCUACCUCCUAAAAUGUGGGUUUGGGUCAGAUGGUUAAAAUUUAGAUAAAGUUGUAUUCCAACAAGACAGUAAUGCCACAAUCACAUCAAAACUGGGUUUGAAACGCUGACAUCAAUCUUCCUGGGCGACAUUUCCAAAGCCCCAGUUUCGAAGCCAUUGAAUGUUGGUGGACUUUGCUCAAAAGCUCCUCUUGGCAUUUCCCCCAGGAAGGGCUGUCACUUAUCAAGCCAACAUUAUGCUGGACGCUUGUUGAUGGCUACAGGAAGUGCUAAAACUCAGCUUGUUUUAAACGUUGAAGCUGCAUGUUGUCAUACUUCAACCCUGGUAGACGAAUGUCCCCAAUAAGACGAGGCGUAGAAUCAAAAACUCAAAUGAAAGCCCCCUAAUUAACUGCUGGAACGGUUUUCGGAGGCUUAUCCCAGCUUGAAUGUAUUCACGCUGUCGGACAACAAUUCAUUCUUUCAGCUGUCUAUUAGAAAAUAACGAGCAGCUGCUGCAUCUUUUGCCGCUGGUUUCUGUGGUGGCGUUUUGCGAAAACCAGACCGCGUCCAGCUGAGAUCGCUGGCAGCAGCACAGCGAACAGAGAGGUCUGACCGCGGGAAGGCUUUGUGCCGGUGUGGUGAGGUAAUUGCUCAAAUAAUCCUUGUUAAAAGUCGGAGCUCGGAAAUCUCCCUAAACUUAGAUAAACGUUUUUAGUUGCAUAGUUUGAGAUGGCCAUUAAAUGACAAAAGGCAGUCUGUUCACAAAGCUGCUGAUUUCCAUUCACUCCAGGGUGUUGCAACUAACUUUACAGACAUUUAAACGCUUGUUUUGAGCCAAAUGCGACGGCGUUAAUGCUUCGCUCUCUGACGCAUGCAUGCAGUAGUGCAGUUUAAAUGCUGAUUAAUCUGAAAAGCUCUGCAUUAGGAGAGAUUUAGAUGCUGUGACUUUGACUAGCAUUAAUGCAGACUCUAUGGAUUAGCUGUGCUCCAAGGUUUUCUUUAAAGUUUUUGUAUUGCAGAAAUAAAUGAAGGAUCACCAGAUCUAACCAAAGGUCAGUUCACAGGGUCACACAUUAAGCACACAGGAACAAAUAUGUACAUACACCCUCAUAAAUGUUGUGUGGCGAGCUGCAAAGAAGCAACAUGCUUUUCUUACCAAUCAACCAGCUCCCAGCAAAGUUCUGAUCCGAUAUUUGAGCAAUUUUCUUAUCUGUACUUUUAGGAAACUUAUAAAUGGGAUACUUUUCUGGGAUGGACCAGCUUGUGAGAAAGCCUUAUGUUAAAGCUGCAAUAUGUCACUUUUAUAAAUUGUUGGUUUCUUACAUGUUUUUUUAAAGCUCUCACUAUGUUGUGACAGUAUAACAAGUGUGGAAAAUCACACUCCUUUUCCCUGCGAUCAUGCUGCCAUUUGCAGAAAUACACUGCUCUGUCAGAAACAAUCAGAGCCAGGAGGAGAAUCUUAGCGCUGUCAAUCAUACUUGUGUAUGCGCUGUUCACAACCUCCAUGUUUUUCUCUGGUACGCUACGGCUUCUUCAAAUCAGCGAACCCUGCCAUGAAUGUUCAGGCUACUUGGCAUGACCGCCAAUCAUGGCGAAUAAAUGGUUUUUCUGGAGCUGAAAGUUGUUUCUCUGCCAGUAGCGCAUUUAGAAGUGUGUACACAAAGUUGAUUGACAACACUAAAACCUUCCUCCUGGCUCUGAUUGGUCAUUUUUGUCUAGGAGUGGUUCUUUUCUUCAGACGGCAAUAGAAGGGGCUUUUUUUUUCCCCACUGAUUGCCUGUCUCAUUAUGCUGUCACGACAAAGUAACAGUUUUAACAAAUAUGUGAAACAACAUUUUGUUUAUAAAAGUUACCGUCUGCAGUAUUAACUGUUCUAAAACUAACUCCGAUGUAGUUUGGGGAUCAGUUUCCUGUUUGAACACCCAAUGAUGUCCAAGCUUCAACCCUCUAGCUGAUGAUGUGAGGUUAACGCACAAAUUACUCCAUCUGAUUUGUGCGGUACACCAAUACAACUGGGAGUGAAACAUACUCUCACCAUGAUUCUGCCGCCACCGUGCUUGACUGUUUUAAAACUAUUUAAGUAGAAUCGUAGGACAGCCUAACAAAAGUCCUGGCCCCAUCCUAUUCAAAACUGAUGAACUGUCCUCAAAAGCAGAGUCCGUGUCAAGAAAUCAACCAAUGAAACAGAGCCGUUCCUGGCACAAGUGACCUUUAUGCAGUCAGAAUGAUGCCGGAAAGUGUGCAGGACAUUCAACCGGAUAUUAGUGGUGGUGUGUGUCUGCGUGUAAAAUGUUGCUCUUGUGUGGAUUUGACAAAAAUAGUUGUUUUGAAGUUGUAUGAUGGUUUCACCGCGUUGAAAGAACUCUUCAGAUGCAUCAUUAAAAGCAAAACCUUCAUGUUUAUAUUGAGCAUUAUUUUGACCGUGACUGUGCAUUUGUAGGGUUACUGAUAGACUUGAUGCUUCACAUUUAGCAAGAAUGAGUCUCCAUACUUUGUGUGUCUGCACUGAUGCCUAUUUGUUUGGAUGUGGGAUUUAUUUUAGAAGCUUCCAUGUUGGAUGGUGGAGAUGAUAAUCUGACGUGGCGUCUGUUUCUGUUGUCUUAAAAGUCGGUGUGUCCUAAUGCUGCAACCUGAAAACGGAAUAGUAGGAGGAAACGCACACAGGAAUAUCUUCUUCAAAAUUCAUCAAUAUAAACUUUAUCUUCAUCAAGUAAUGGCAGAAAACAAAUCUAAAAAAAAAUGGAGCAGCAUACUUUUUAAAUGGUUCAUCGUUCAUUGUCCUAAACCUAGAAAUAUCCUUAACCAAAACGCAUCAACCAUCAACCAACCAUGAUGAGCUGUAGCUAAAACAGUGUUUUCUAAUUUUGCUUGAAUUCAAUCAGUGCUCAUGUAGCGCUCUGGGAAAGUCCUGAACACUAAACGGUUUUUUUCUGGGCUAAAACUGCUUUUGUUGCCUCAUUAUGGCUCAUUUACAGCUUCGUUGCAGCGUCAUGUAGCUCAGCACUUGUUUUGUUUUAUUUAUUUAUAUAGAUAAAUAGGUAGAUAUGUAUAUCUGUGUAUCUUUAACCCCAUAUUAUCCCUAACAAUCACUGCACUCCUCAUGUGACCUCCUGGCCUCUGUAGCUAUCCUGUUUUCAUGGCAACAAGCUCAUCGGCAUUCAUGGUGAUGGGACAGCAAAAAGAAAGACAUCUGUAAAAAUGUGUCCUGCUGGUGACUCACGCUCCUCUCCUGCAUUUAUACCAGGCUACACACACAUACACACACACACACACUCAUCCUUACUCUAAUUGUUUGGUCCUUCACUCCUGUUUUUAUCCCCUCUAUGUCCUAAAAGCUUGUUUCUCAUUAUGCUUUUUUCUUUUGUUAAAAUAACUGUAUGAAACAUUUUCCUCUGUUGGUAAAACCCUGAUUGUUUUUUUUUUUUUCUUUUAAGUCAUGAAUGGGCAAUCAGUACAAAUGUCAUAUUUUUUUCACUAACUAAGUUGCUCUAUUUAUAUAUUCCAGGUUUUGGUUAUCAGUGCAGCUCAAAAGUAGGAAUGUUCCUGAUUCUUCAGGCUUUAUAAUCUCAUGUAUGAGGUUGGUUUUAAAACAAAUAAAACGGUG